CUUUUACCUGUGUGGGCCCCUCCUCUGUCAUUGCAUUCGUGUCGUCUCCACUGACAAACGACGAAAGGCUGUGGUCGACGAGCUUGGCAAAACCCUAGACACGAAAAUCAGAAGGUUCCGAUCAUUCUUUUCAUCUGUCAAUUCUCUCAUCUUAUUUCUUCAAUUGUCAAUUUCUUAGGGGAAUCGCCGAAGAGAACUUGCGCAUCCUUUGUUUUUUCUUGCAAUUGUUGUUCGUCACCAGAUCACCCGUGCUUCCGUUUCUCGCUGGGCUUGGUAUUUUACUGCUAUUAAAUUUUUACAUUGAUAAGCAAGCUGUACCAGUGAAGAUGUGACCGUAGCUCUGACUGAAACCUUGAAGCUACCUCUGAUGGGCGAAUGCAAUGGCUACAGCUUCUCUAUCGGGUCUUCAUUUGGUGUCUUUUUGAGUGCAAUUUUUGUUGUCUCCUUGAUUUUGGUCCGUCUCAUUUAUGUUAUAUAUCACAGUAGCAGGCCUUUGAGUAAAAGGGGUUCAAAACCUGUCAGUACCCUUAUUAUUUUAGGAUCAGGUGGUCAUACUGCUGAGAUGAUUAAUCUAUUGGCAGUGCUGCAGAAAGAUCGGUUUAAUCCAAGAUUCUACGUCGCUGCUGCUACUGAUAAUAUGAGUCUUCAAAAAGCUCAAAUGUUGGAAAACUCCCAGUCUUCUGAGAAUGCCACAGGGGUCACCGAUACUGCACAGUUCAUGAAGAUAUACCGGAGUAGGGAAGUUGGUCAAUCGUAUAUAACCUCAGUUUGGACUACAUUAAUUGCACUGGUGCAUGCGUUAUGGCUAAUGAUUAAAAUUAGACCUGAAGUGAUACUUUGCAAUGGACCUGGAACUUGCAUUCCCCUCUGUGCAAUUGCAUUCAUAUUUAAGGUACUGGGAAUCAGAUGGUCAUCGAUUUUCUAUGUUGAGAGUAUUGCAAGAGUGAGAAGGCUCUCCUUGAGUGGCUUGCUCCUGUACAAGUUGCGGAUGGCUGAUCAACUUUUUGUUCAGUGGCCGCAGCUGCAACGGCAAUAUCCUCGAGUAAUCUAUGUUGGUAGACUCAUGUAACCAACUGAUUUCUUUGAUUGUCGUAUUGUUUAUAUACAAGUUCUCUCUGCAUUUGCCAA